CGAGCUGAGGCAGAAGAACGCAGGAAACAGCACGGCCUAAAUUUGCAGUCCGAAGUUUUUGACCCUGUGCCUGGAUUUGGAGAUACUGCCACCUACUGUAGCCACCACACUGGUGUGACAGUGGAGGAUUUGGGUCAGCUUUCAGUUAGGCGUGAGCUGGGGUGGCCCAGGAGUAUGCUGCCCAAGUGUGGGAGAGCUUGUGAGGGAGAGGUCUGGGGUGGUGCCGCCCCUGCAGGUUCCUUCUUGACCUCCCAGUUCUCUACACUCUCCCCAGAGCAGCAGAAUGCACACAGCUCAGAAGACUGGCAACUUGAUCAUUUAGAGAAUACCCAAGAAAACCAAGACAAGUAUUUAUGUCAAGUUUUAUUCACCAGCAGCCAAUCAUUGACUAAUGAACAAGAGAAAGUUUCAGGAAAACAGUUCAAUCCGGGCAGAGACAUUGUUCCUUCAAGAAAAGUGUUAUCUGCAGAUGACACUAUAGGGCCUACAUACUUGGAUUUCUACCAAUUGGCUCCUCAUAAUUACUCAAGAAAGAUGACUAAUGAGUUUAAUGCAUCUCACUCUGAUACUAGAAAUGAGAGAAGAAAUACUGGAGAGAAGUCUUUUGAUUACAAUCUAAAUUUGCAAACUUUUAGUGGUGUGGAGGAACUUAUUUUGGGGCAGUAUUUUGAAUGUAAUGAAUGUGGUAAUACUAUGCAUGAUAAGGCUGCCUUCAUUACGUGGAACAGUGCUUACACAAAAGAAGCAUCUCAUUAUAAAUUUGGAAGGGAACUAUGUGAUAAAUCUUCUCUUGAUGUCUCUGCAAGUUUUUACACAGAGAAGAGUCACUGUGAAUUUCAUGAAGAUAAAUGUAAUAAAAUUGGGAACAAUUUUGAGAGGAUUGCUCAACUUCAGAGAACUGAUGCAAGAGAGAAAACUUUUGAUCAAAAAGCGCAUUUCAGAGAAUAUCAGAGAAGUCACACAGCGAUGCAACCCCUUGAGUGUGGGAAAAACUUGAGCCACAAUUCACCCAUUAACGUACAAAAGAGAACUAACACAUUAGAGCUAUCUUGUGAUAAUAAGACAUGUAAUGAAACUUUCGGUUCUCAGUCAGCCUUCAGUAUACAGAGGAGAACUCAUGGAAGGGAACAACACUAUGAGUGUAAUGAAUGUCAAGAAUCCUUCUCAAAGAGGUCGUCCGUCAUUUUACAUCGAAGGAGUCACAUAGGUAAGAAAAUUUAUGAAUGUAAUGAAUGUGGGACAGCUUUUUCCUGGAAAUUAUCCCUAGUUGUACAUCAGAGAACUCACACAGGGGAGAAACCCUAUCAAUGUAACGAAUGUGGAAAACCUUUCAGGCAGAAGUCAAAUCUUACAAAUCAUCAGAGAAUUCACACAGGGGAGAAACCCUAUCAAUGUAAUGAAUGUGGUAAAACUUACACCGAUAAGUCAAGCCUUGGAAAACAUCAGAGAAUUCACACAGGGGAAAAACCAUAUGCAUGUAAUGAGUGUGGAAAAGCUUUCACCACCAUGUCACACCUCAGACAGCAUCAGAGAACUCACACAGGGGACAAACCCUAUAAGUGUAAUGAAUGUGGAAGAGCUUUCACCUGCGUGUCACACCUGAGAAGACAUCAGAGAACUCACAUAGGGGAGAAACCCUACAAAUGUAAUGAAUGUGGGAAAGCUUUCAUCUCCUUAUCACAGCUCAGAGAACAUCAGAGAAUUCACAAAGGGUUGAAACCCUAUCAAUGUAAUGAAUGUGGGAAGACGUUCCUCUGGAAGUCAGAUUUGAAUAUACAUUGGAGAACUCACACUGGGGAGAAGCCCUAUGAAUGUGGGGAAUGUGGGCGAGCUUUUGUAUACAAACAACAGCUUACACAACAUCAGAAGGCUCACUCUGGUGAGAAACACUAUAAAUGUAAUGAAUGUGGUAAAACUUUCAUCCAGAAAUCACAUCUUGGAAAACAUCAGAGAACUCACACAGGGGAGAAACCCUAUCAAUGUAAUGAAUGUGGGAAAGCUUUGGCUUCCAUGUCAAACCUCAAAGGACAUCAGAGAACUCACACAGGAGAGAAAACCUAUCAAUGUAACUUAUGUGGGAAAGCUUUCACCUCCAUGUCAAACCUGAAAGGACAUCAGAGAACUCAUACAGGGGAGAAACCCUAUCAAUGUAAUGAAUGUGGUAAAAGUUACACCCAGAAGUCAAGCCUUGGAAAACAUCAGAGAACUCACUCUGGGGAGAAACCCUAUCAAUGUAAUGAAUGUGGUAAAACUUACACCGAUAAGUCAAGCCUUGGAGUGCAUCAGAGAAUUCACACUGGGGAAAAACCAUAUGAAUGUACUGAAUGUGGAAAAACUUUCAGCCAGAGAUCAUGCCUUAGAAAUCAUGAGAGAAUUCACACAGGGGAGAAACCCUAUGAAUGUACUGAAUGUGGAAAAACUUUCAGCCAGAGGUCAUGCCUUAGAAAUCAUGAGAGAAUUCACACGGGGGAGAAACCCUAUGAAUGCAAUGAAUGUGGAAAAAGUUUCAGCCAAAAGUCACAUCUUGGAAAACAUCAGAAAACUCACAAAGGUGAAAAUCCUAUAAAGUGUAAUGAAUGUCAAAAAUCCUUUUCUAAGAGGUCAAUCCUUAUUUUACAUCGAAGAAGUCACACAGGUGAAAAAAUUUAUGCAUGUAAUGACUGUGGGACAGCUUUCUCCCGGAAAUCUACCCUAGUUGUACAUCAGCGAACUCACACAGGGGAGAAACCAUAUAAAUGUAAUGAGUGUGGAAAAGCUUUCACCUGCUCUUCACUCCUCAAAAAACAUCAGAGAACUCACACAGGGGAAAAAGCCUAUCAAUGUAUUGAAUGUGGUAAAACUUUCAAGCAUAAGAUAAGUCUUGCACUACAUCAUAGAACACACUCAGGGGAGAAACCCUAUCAAUGCAAUGAAUGUGGUAAAAGAUAUACCCACAAGUCAAGCCUUGCAAAACAUCAGCAAACUCACACAGGGGAGAAACCGUAUAAAUGUAGUGAGUGUGGAAAAGCUUUCACCUGCAUGUCGUCCCUCAGAGAACAUCAGAGAACUCACACAGGGGAAAAACCCUAUCAAUGUAAUGUAUGUGGGAAAACUUUGAAGCACAAAACUCGUUUUGUAGUACAUCAGAGAACUCACACAGGGGAGAAACCCUAUCAAUGUAAUGAAUGUGGGAGAGCUUUCGCCUACUUACCACGCCUCAGAGAACAUCAGAGAAUUCACAAAGGGUUGAAACCCUAUCAAUGUACUGAAUGUGGGAAGUCUUUCUUCUGGAAAUCUAAUCUGAAUGGACAUUGGAGAACUCACACUGGGAAGAAGCCCUAUGAAUGUGCUGAAUGUGGAAAAGCUUUUGCACACAAACAACAGGUUACACAACAUCAGAGAACUCACACAGGAGAGAAACCCUAUGAAUGCAGUGAAUGUGAGAAAGCUUUCGUCUCCUUAUCAGGUCUCAGAGAACAUCAGAGAAUUCACUCAGGGGAAACACCCUAUCGGUGUAAUGAAUGUGGUAAACUUUUCGGCAAGAACUCAGCUCUUGUAGCACAUCAGAGAACUCACACAGGAGAGAAACCCUAUCAAUGUAAUGAAUGUGGGAAAACUUUCAGCCAAAAGUCAGCUCUUCGAAUACAUCAGAGAAGUCACACAGGGGAGAAACCCUAUCAAUGUAAUGAAUGUGGUAAAACUUUCAAGAAGAAGUCAUCUGUUGGAAGACAUCAGAGAACUCACACGGGGGAGAAACCCUAUCAAUGUAAUGAAUGUGGGAAAACUUUCAGCCAGAAGUCACCUCUUCGAAUACAUCAGAGAACUCACACAGGGGAGAAACCCUAUCAAUGUAAUGAAUGUGGUAAAACUUUCAAGCACAAGAUAAGUCUUGCACUGCAUCAUAGAACUCACUCAGGGGAGAAACCCUAUCAAUGCAGUGAAUGUAGUAAAACUUUCAGCCGAAAGUCACAUCUUGGAAGACAUCAGAGAACUCACACAGGGGAGAAACCGUAUCAAUGUAAUGAAUGUGGGAAAGCUUUCGUCUCCUUAUCACGACUC